AUGACCACUGCAGACCAAGCUUGCGGGCCGGUAUAUACCAAGCACUUCAUUCCCCUCGAGUCAAAUCCAGACGUCUUCACCGAGCUUGCGCAUAAGCUCGGUUUAUCCACCUCAUUAGUCUUCGAGGAUGUGCUCUCUUUGGACGAUCCAGAACUGCUUGGCUUUCUUCCGCGUCCCGCUUUUGCGUUGAUACUGGUGUUUCCGACGACGGACGACUAUGAAAAGCGAGUUCAAGACGAGGACGCUAAGCUUGAGGAGUUUCGAACCUCUGGAGGCGCUGACGGCAACUCAAUCAUCGCCCAAUUACUUGAUGCUAGUCUGACGCCAGAUUCGGACGAGCUGGCGAACAAUGGGCUCGAACGGGCGUACGCUGGAGUAGCAAGCAAGGGAGAUACUGAAGCACCUCUCAACGCGGAAGACGAGGUGGACUACCAUUACAUCGCCUUUGUCAAAUCAGCCAAAGACAGCCAUCUGUACCAACUUGACGGCGACCGCAAGCGGCCGAUAGACCUCGGGGCGCUCACAACAGAUGAAGACGUUCUAUCUGAGAAAUGCCUUGGCGUUAUUCGCGGUAUGAUGGCAAGCGAAGAGGAGAACCCCAACUUCAGCCUGAUGGCUUUGGUGGAGCAAGCAGAUAUGUAG